AUGGCGGCGUGGUUGGCCCGGGUGUCCUGGGGCGACGCCUGGUACAACAUGUACUCCCGCCUGCUGCGUACCAAACCUGUUGGCGUCAUGGGUCACGGCUCCAACGACCUCACCGAGAUGGGCGAGGGGUCGGCGGCUGUCGGGCUCUCCAAGGUCCUGACCACUGUGGACCUGGUGUCGCUUGGUGUGGGCAGCUGCGCCGGCACGGGGAUGUAUGUGGUCGCCGGGCUGGUUGCCAAGGCGAUGGCCGGGCCAGGGGUCAUCCUGUCCUUCAUCAUAGCGGCGGUGGCCUCCAUACUGUCAGGUGUGUGCUACGCUGAGUUUGGCGUCCGGGUCCCGAAGACGACCGGCUCGGCCUACACCUACAGCUACGUGACGGUUGGGGAGUUUGUGGCGUUUUUCAUUGGCUGGAACUUGGUCUUGGAGUAUCUGAUUGGCACAGCGGCGGGGGCGUCGGCUCUCAGCAGCAUGUUCGACUCUCUGGCCAAUCACAGCAUCAGUAACUACAUGAUAACACACCUGGGCACGCUCAGAGGACUCGGUAAAGGUGAGGACACGUACCCUGACCUGCUGGCCUUCUUCAUCUCUCUGCUGGUCACAGUCAUCGUCGCCCUCGGUGUGAGAAACACGGUGGGCUUCAACAAUGUCCUGAACGUGGUCAACCUGGUGGUCUGGAUCUUCAUGAUCAUCGCCGGACUCUUUUUCGUCUCCGCCGGUAACUGGGAGGACGGCAAGUUUCUGCCCUACGGUUGGUCAGGGGUGAUGCAGGGCGCAGCGACCUGCUUCUACGCCUUCAUCGGUUUCGACAUCAUUGCAACAACAGGAGAGGAGGCCAAAAACCCUAACACCUCCAUCCCUUACGCCAUCACCGCCUCGCUGGUCAGCUGCCUCACCGCCUACGUAUCGGUGAGUGUGAUCCUGACUCUCAUGGUUCCCUACAACCUGAUCGACGGCUCGGCUCCCCUCAUGGAGAUGUUUGCGGUGCACGGCUUCCUGUGGGGGAAGUACACUGUGGCUGUGGGCUCCAUAGCUGGACUCACCGUCUCUCUGCUGGGCUCCUUGUUCCCCAUGCCCAGGGUCAUCUACGCCAUGGCCCAAGAUGGACUGCUGUUCAGGUUCCUGGCACAUGUCUCUGGGCUAACACACACUCCCGCGGUGGCUUGUGUGGUGUCUGGGAGCUUCGCGGCCAUCGUCGCUCUGCUGGUGAGCCUGAGAGACCUGAUCGAGAUGAUGUCCAUCGGCACCCUGCUGGCCUACACUCUGGUCAGCGUGUGUGUGCUGUUACUGCGCUACCAGCCUGACGAACACGCCAACACACACCAGAUCGGCUCUGGUGAGGAUGUGGACGGCCUGAAGCACCGGGAUGCCGAUGUGGGUGCCAUUCCCACCAAAGAUGACCAGAUGCUGAUCGAAGACGCUGACGGUUCGUCCUCGUAUCAUGCUGGCGGGGCAGAGGGAGACGGAGACAACUCUGAGUUCCACACAGGCCACGCCUCAAUGCUGAAAAGGCUUCUGGGAGGUCAUUACUACACCCUGCGACUGCGGCUGGGGUUGCCCGAUGCGUCGGCCCGGCCCACGCCCAUAACUGGCCGCAUAGUGACCCGCUGCACCCUCCUCCUCUUCUUCAUGUCCUUCCUCCUCUGGUCCACCGUUAUAUUUGGUGUUGAGCAGGGGACAGGGGCCGGGGCGGUGGUUUCAGGCCUGAUCGCGGCACUGAUGGCGGUUUCCAUGGUGAAGCUUUUAAUCACGAUUAUACAGCAGCCUGAAAGUGGGCGGAGACUGCCCUACAUGGCGCCAUGUGUACCCUUUGUUCCUGCGGCGGCCAUAUUGGUCAACAGCUACCUCAUGCUCAAACUGUCUCCACUCACCUGGACCAGAUUCAUCAUUUGGUGCAUCAUAGGUUUGGUGAUCUAUGUUUGUUACGGCGUGUGGCACAGCACGUUGGAGCUCAACGCCCGGCAGGAACAGGCACAAGCCAGCUCCUACCAGCGCUACGACGACCACCUGGACGACAGCUUCUCCCCCUACGAAGAGGUUUUCCCCCAGGAGCAGGACGAGAGACCCUACCAGGGCUGGUCUGCCCCAGAGGAGGGAGGGGGCCAUGGCCACCAGCAGGACAACCAGUAUGAGGAACAAGAUGGAGGACAAGAUGAGGACAGUGGUGACCAGUAUGGAUACCAGUCUGGUCCAGCAGGUCAGUACACAACCAGAGGUGAGAGAUCCAGAGGAAGGACCAAUCACGGCUUUGAAGAGGAGGACUAA